AUGCCAACGGCUGUCCGUCUGAAGCCCGGUGCCGGCAAAUACGUAGCUAUGGGUCUGAUUGGUCUCUUCGUUCUCGGCUUUGCCGCCAUCGCGUUGUUCGGCUCUUCGUCGGCCGCCGGCGGUGUGACGGUGACAAAGCAAGUCUUCUUUGAUAUCACCAUCGGGGGAAAGAAGGAAGGCCGCAUCGUGAUCGGUCUCUUCGGCGAUGUUGUUCCAAAAACCGCUCGCAACUUCUUGGAGUUGGCCACCGGGCAAAAUGGUUUCGGCUACAAGGGAUCCAAAUUCCAUCGUGUCAUCAAGGAUUUCAUGAUUCAAGGAGGAGAUUUCACUCGAGGCGACGGAACUGGAGGAAAAUCGAUCUACGGAGAGCGAUUUGCUGAUGAGAACUUUGACCUGAAGCACUAUGGAGCUGGAUGGUUGUCGAUGGCCAACGCUGGAGCUGACACUAAUGGAUCGCAAUUCUUCAUCACCACUGUGACCACCACCUGGUUGGACGGACGCCAUGUUGUUUUCGGAAAGAUUUUGGAAGGAAUGGAUCUUGUGAGAAAGAUCGAAUCGACCAAGACCCGACCUGGAGAUCGACCGGAGAAGGAUGUGGUGAUCGCUGAUUGCGGAGAGCUUCCGUUGGCUGCUCCAUUCGAAACACCAAAAGAGGGUGUAAAC